AUGAACUCUACUGCGAAAAAGCCGUUAAUUUGCCGUCCGAUUCCUCAUGAAAUAGUGAAUUUUGCCAUCGAAACUAUUGAAACAUUCGACGAAAGUGACCUUCGUAUUCGUGAUGGUAUGAUAUUUACGGGUGUCAUGCUAUUAAUAAUGGCAGCUUAUACCUUUUGGAGUGAUAGAAAACCCGGAC